GGCUCGGCCUUCGAGGGCCGGCGGUUGGCCUGCGCCGCGGUGCUGGUGAGCGAGUCCCUGGAGAGAGCGGCCUUCUACGGCAUCACCUGCAGCCUGGUGCUUUUCCUCAACAGCGACCCGUACUUCUGGCUCGGGACCGAAGCCAGCCAGACGCUGCUCAUCUUCAUGGGCAUCAGUUACCUGGUGUCGCCGUUCGGCGGCUGGCUGGCCGACGGCUGCCUGGGCAAGUUCCCCGCCAUCGCCCUGAGCAUGGCGGUGUACCUGGCGGGCAUGCUCCUCUUCCCCUUCCUCUCCUGCGAGUCGACCAGGAGCGGCCUGUGCGGGGAGUUCAGCAGCUUCCCCAUCUUGGACCGUCGGUGUUUCGACGGCAACAGUACCGGCACCGGCGAAUGCUCCUUCCGGCGGAGCAGCUAUUGCGCACCGGUCGUCUACCUGGGGCUGGUCCUGGUGGCCCUGGGGGUUGGAUCCCUCAAGGCCAACAUCACUCCUUUCGGUGCAGAUCAGGUGAAAGACCGGGGUCAAGAAGCUACUCGUCGUUUUUUCAACUGGUUCUAUUGGUCCAUCAAUUUGGGUGCAAUUGUCUCAUUGGGUGGCAUUUCAUAUAUUCAACAAAACUGUAGUUUUCUCCUCGGAUACAUCAUCCCAACCGUUUGCUUGGGAGUCUCUUUCCUCAUCUUCCUGUGCGGAAAAUCGGUCUUUGUCUCAAAGCCACCGGAUGGCAGUACCUUCUCAGACCUGUUCAAGAUUCUGUCUUAUGCAUGUUUUUCAAGAAAACAAAGCAAUGAACAAGUAAAUGUCAGCCACAGCCAAAAUGGGAUCUACCCACCAGCUCCUCAACCAAGCUUUUUGGAUUUAGCAAAGACAAUCCAUGGUGGUCGAUUCCCAGAGAAUAAGGUGGAGGAUGUGAAGGCUUUUGCCAAAAUCAUUCCAGUCUUCCUAGCUCUAAUUCCCUAUUGGACAGUUUAUUUCCAGAUGCAGACCACAUACGUUUUGCAGAGUCUGCACUUAGAGAUCCCAACAUUUUUUAAUAAGAAUUCUGGAAACGUAAGCACCUCAUUCCUGAGUUGUGAUCAUAAGCUUCCAGCAGCCUGGUUCACCAUGUUUGAUGCAGUGCUUAUUCUGAUCCUGAUCCCAGUGAAAGACAAAGUGGUAGACCCCAUUUUAAAGCAAAAAGGGAUACUCCCAUCGCCAUUGAUGAGAAUUGCUUUGGGCAUGUUUUUUGUCAUGUGUUCUGCAGUGGCAGCUGGAAUCCUUGAAGACCAGCGAUUGAAUAGCCUACGAAAUGGAACCAUUCCACAACAGAUUGGAAAUGUAUUGUACAAUGCUGCACCCCUAUCAAUAUGGUGGCAAAUUCCCCAGUAUGUAUUGAUUGGGAUUAGUGAAAUAUUUGCAAGCAUAGCGGGUCUCGAGUUUGCCUACUCAGCCGCCCCCAAGUCUAUGCAGAGUGCCAUCAUGGGAUUGUUCUUUUUCUUCACCGGUGUUGGCUCAUUUGUUGGUUCGGGGCUUCUAGCCUUGGUAUCCAUUGACUCAAUUGGAUGGAUGAGCUGCCAGAGUGACUUUGGUAAUAUCAACAAAUGCCACAUGGAAUACUACUUCUUCCUGUUGGCAGCCAUACAGUGUGUGACGCUGCUCAUUUUUAUUAUUGUCUCUGUGACGUACGACAGCAACAAAUCCAAAACCAAUGUUCAGUCUGUCAACACCAGAAGCUGAGACAGAUUGGAGCCGUUUAUCAGGUCAGCAAGUAAAGUGGAACCGUUACUAGCAACACAUCAUGUUUGCCAAAGGAUUUGUAGCUGCUCUUGUCAUUUAUGCAAAGAAGGAAGGAGGUGUACAGCCUCCCCUGGGCUCGCUUCAUAGAGACUGAGUUGUUAAGCCUGGGGGUUUUGUGCCUGAAUCACGUCUGCUUUAUUUUGCAUAUUAGUUUGCACUAAGUGUAAGUUCAGCAUUUCCUGGCAGGCACUACAGAUUGCUCAAAGCCAUUGCAUUUCUGUGGAUAAGCCAGCAUUCCUUUUAGUCCUACAAUUGAAGUUGCUAAAAGCACUGAUGGAACUCCAUGUGGCAGUCAGUGACUCAUUCUAGUAAAAUGUUUUGUAGUUUUCAAAAUUCAGCAGAACAUUGUUUUUAUUAUUGUAAUGUAAGUGGAUAUUAUGGCUUUAUAUAGUGAUCCAGGAAAGCUACUGGACUAAUCUUUACUUGUUAGUAUUGUUAGACUGUCAUUUCCAAGGAGAUAGGCUGAUUAUUUUUAUCAUUUUGUAUAAAAAUACAAGUGGAACUUGCAGCUUUUGAGAAUUGUUUUAUACAAGUCAAAAUGAAUGAAGAAAUGCCAUUAACUUUGUAACUAACUAGUUCCUCACUGAUUACAGCCAUGGAUACCAGGGUUGGUCUUGUACAUCACUGGAGUUGAAAGACUUGGAAUAUGUUAACUGCUGAUCAUAUGAACCCACUGAAUCAUAGAUAGUGUAUUGGACACAUCGCUCAAAGAGUUGGUGGCUGGCUUUAAUUGUACGUAAUUUCUUCUGACUUUUUUUAAAAUACAUUAAUAACGGUAUUCCUGUUUUAACCAGGGUAUCAGGCAGACUAAAGGACUAGAUUGGCCCACCCAGUCUCAUUUUUAAAUUUUAUUUUUUAUUGAGAAUGAAUUGAACUCCAAAGAAAUGGGGAGCUGAUGUCCUGGAAAGGCACAUUGUCAGAGAAUUGUACUGUGUGAUGCCAAACUAAUGUAGAUUCACUUUAAAAGGAGAGCAGGUCCCUUGCCCUGAUGGCUGAAAAGAUCCAGCCAGAUUUGCCGUGUGUGUGUGUGUGUGUUUAUUGGACAGUAAAAUGAUUCCUUCUGCAAACAUGGUUUGUAGUGGGAAAUACAUUUUUGUUGCGGAUUUCUUGGUCCUGUUUAUUUAACUUAUGACACUGACUUCCUCCUGUUUUUAUGUUUUUUUUUCUAUGAUGCUAAAGAGCGAUAUUUAUAUUCAUUUUAAAUGUAGUUCAGCUGAACUAAAAAUCCACAAGGAGCAGUUGCGUGGUGUGACUUAAGUUCUGGAUAAAUGUCAACAAUUUCUAAAUUAAGCGCAUUAAAAAAAUUAUUAUGCAAUA